AUGGCCGAUCUUCCAGACUAUGUACUCGAUCCCAAUGCGGUUCUUAAGGAUGAAAAUUCCUCCUGGCGUCACGGAGCUCCGCCAGAUUACACCAAAACAACAACCCACGAAGCCAACAGUCUACCCUUCCUCGUCGAAAACCUAGUUAAAAACUGGGAAAUCGAAGCCUCUUUCAAAACAAAACUCUCCGACUGGCGCACCAUAGACGAGAAGGUAUACACCUUCUCCCUGAACGGCGGCGAGAAGCGAACAGGUCACCACAUGCUAGAGGUUGGAACGUAUAAUGCCCUCCUAAGCGCAAGUCAGUACUACGAUCCGGUGAAGAAUGAUUUCGACGAGUCCCAUAAGUCGUUUAAGCAAAUGAUGCCGACGUUUGCAUGGGAGGUGCUAGAGGUAUACUCUGGUCCGCCUGUUGUGGUUUUCAAAUGGAGACAUUGGGGUGAGAUGAAGAAUGACUAUACUGGAUAUAAUAACUCUGGUGAAAAGGUUACUGUCCAGGCGCAUGGAGACCCGAUUGAUAUCCAGGGACUUAUAGUGGCGAAGGUGAAUGAGAAGCUUCAAAUAGAGAAUAUUGAUGUUUGGUAUGAUCCUAUGGAAAUGUUUAAUCAGAUUGGGAAGAAGAAUGGGUGUCCUUUCGUGAAGACUACAUAG